UUCUCUUUGUUGUGGUCCGAUUACGGUGGUUUCGUUCGGUAGAAAUAAACGAGCAAAAUGAUGUUGGUUCGAGCAAUAAUGGCGCUUCUUUGGAGUGUUUGGGUCCAUGCCAAUGAAAUUGAGCUCCCGGCCAAGUUUGUGACGAGUAGCUCCCACACCAAUAACUGGGCGGUGUUGGUGGACACUUCGCGGUUCUGGUUCAACUACCGGCACAUUGCGAACGUACUGUCGGUGUAUCGUUCGGUGAAGCGGCUCGGUAUACCAGACAGUCAGAUUCUGCUGAUGGUCGCCGACGAUAUGGCAUGCAACGCUCGUAACCCUCGGCCAGCCACCGUCUUCAACAAUGCCAAGCAACACAUCAAUGUUUACGGUACGGACGUGGAAGUUGACUAUCGGGGCUACGAGGUAACCGUCGAAAACUUUGUCCGCUUGCUGACGGGACGCAACGAGAACGGGACGGCUCGGUCGAAGCGCCUGCUGUCUGAUUCGGGCAGCAACGUGCUCAUCUACCUUACCGGGCACGGGGGCGACGGGUUUCUCAAGUUUCAGGAUUCGGAAGAGAUCACCAACCAAGAGCUGGCGGACGCGAUUGAGCAAAUGUGGCAAAAGCAGCGCUACAACGAGCUGUUCUUUAUGAUCGAUACCUGCCAGGCUGCGUCUAUGUACGAAAAGUUCUACUCCCCCAACAUACUGGCCGUGGCGAGCAGUUUGGUGGGUGAAGAUUCACUCUCCCAUCACAUCGAUCCAGCCAUCGGGGUGUAUAUUAUCGAUCGCUACACUUACAAUGCGCUGGAAUUCCUGGAGCGAGUCGAAUGGAACAGCAAGAAAACGAUGGGUGAUUUCCUUACCGUGUGCCCAAAGCGGGCCUGCAUCUCGACUGUAGGCGUGCGAAAAGAUCUCUACCCGAAGGAUCCUUUCAAAGUACCCAUUACGGACUUUUUUGGUUCGGUGCGUCCGACCGAGAUAUCUUCGGAUGUAGUCAAUGUUACAUUAUCUACCAUUCCGGAAGAAGUAUUAAUUCAGCAAAAGUCCAUCAGCGAACCGCAGGCCCUUCUGUUCUACGAGCAGUUUCCCAGCAAGCUGUUCCCACGUUCCUAGUCGUGCAAGACGCAAC